CCCACCCCCAAAAAUCGAAAUCGAAAUCAAAAUCUCGUCUUCCGAUCUCUUCGCGAGUUCAUCGUCGAGUCGAGGAAUUAGUUUGUGAGGGUUUCGAUCUCGAAACCGGCAAGGGUUCGCCCCGCGAGUGCAUGGAAGCGCGCCUGCUGGGUAAUGAGGUGUCGGACCUGUGCAUCGGCAAGCCGGCCGUGAGGUCGCUCCCGCUCUCCGCCGCCACCGGGGAUCUCGCCGCGCUCCUGAGGAGGGGCCCGCCGCAAGCAGCAGCAGGAGGGGCAGGGGGGGCCUGCGUCGCGGCCGUCGUCGCCGCCGGGCCGGCGCGCGCCGUCGCCGGGAGGCUCGGUCUCGCCGACGUGCUCUGCUUCCUCUGCGCCGCCCCCGGGGCGCUCGCCCACCCCGCCGCCGCGCUCUCCAAGCCCGUCUCCGCGCUCCUCCCCAAGGACGGCGCCGGCGAGGUCCGCCGCGUCGACCCCCGCGCCAGUGUGUUGGAGGCGAUUGAUGCCGUCUUGAGCGGCGCGCAGGUGCUCGCCGUCCCUCUCCGCUCCGGCGGCCGCAGGAAACAGCUCGGCGGCGGUGGUGGCGGCGGCGGGGGCGACUUCUGCUGGCUGACGCAGGAGGACCUCGUGCGCUACUUCCUCAACUCCAUCUCCCUCUUCUCCCAUGUCGCCGGCCGCUCCAUCUCCUCCCUCGGCCUCGUGCGCGCCGACGACGUCCUCUCGGUGCGGCCCCACGAGGCAGCCCUGUCCGCCGUGCCCCUCCUCCGCCGCGCCAUCGCCACGGAGACGGCCGUCGCCGUCGUCGACGACUACGGGCACCUCGUCGGCGAGAUCUCCCCGGCGCUGCUCGCGUCGUGCGACGAGACGGCGGCCGCGGCCGUCGCCACGCUGUCGGUGGCCGACCUCAUGGCGUACAUCGACUACUUCGGCUCUCCGCCGGAGCACAUCUCGCGCGCGAUCAAGGCCGGCCUGAAGAGCAAGGGCCUCGACGCCAUGCUCGAGCUGGUGGAGAACGAGGCGGUGUCAUCCUUCGCCUUCUCCUCCUCCUCCUCGUCCGACGACGAGGCCCACGGCCGGGCCGCGAAGCUGCGCCGCCCGUCGUCGGGGAGCUACGGGCGCCGCUCGACGGAGGAGCCCGUGGUGUGCAGCCCCGCGAGCUCGCUGGUGGCCGUGAUGAUGCAGGCGCUCGCGCACCGCGCCAGCUACCUGUGGGUGCUCGACGAAGACGACGACUGCCGCCUCGCCGGGAUCGUCACGUUCGUCGACGUGCUCAGGGUGUUCCGGGAGCAGCUGCAGUGAGUGAUCGACGAGGCGACUCCAAGAAGAGUUCUUUCUUCUUUGUUUUUUUUUGUGCUGCUGCGAUCGAUCGCUGGAUGGAUCGGUGUGUCCGCGUUGCUUGCUCUGAAAACAUUUCGAAGUGUUUGUUUUGAAGCAUUCUGAACUCCCAAGUCGUUGUUCAUAUGUACUUUUGCUGGUGCUGAUGAACAAACUAAAACUUUGGUUAUGCCCUCCAAAUAAAUCAGUAUUGUUCGGUUUUCA